AUGGGUGGCGACCUCAACCUCAAGAAGAGUUUCCACCCCUCUCUUCUCAAGAACCAGGCCAAGGUCUGGGAGGAGGAGAAGAAGGCCCUCGAAGAGCGCAAAAAGACACAACAGCGCAUCAACGAGCUGAAAGAAGAACGCGCCCGCGAGGAACUACAAAAGAAGCUCGAAGCCGCCGGGCACACCAAGAAGGUCGAUCGCGUCGAAUUCCUCUACAGCGGCCCUACCGAUGGACAGACAGGGACGACGGAGGAGCGCGAGAGCUACCUUCUCGGCAAGCGUCGCAUCGACAACCUGCUGAAGGGUACCGAGCACAAGAACCUCGAGAAGCAGGCCGGCCAGGAGAGCUUCAUGGCCCUGCAGACCGCAAACACGGCACGAGAUACCGCGGCGAAGGUCCGGGAAGACCCCCUCCUCGCCAUCAAAAGACAAGAGCAGGCCGCGUACGAGGCUAUGAUGAACGACCCCAUCAAGCGCAGGCAACUUCUUGCAUCCAUGGGCAUCGAAGACCAGCAGAAGUCCAAGUCGAAAAAGGAGGACAGGCAUGACAGGCACAGGAAGAGACACCACAGGCAUCGCGAUGAUGACGACGAGAGGCACCACAAACGGCGACGGUCACACUCCCGGUCCAGAAGCCCACGCCGGCGCAGGGAUGACUACGACGACGACGACGAGGACAGGCGCGAGAGAAGGCGGCGCCGCAGCGACUCCCAAGAUAGAACCCGCGACAGCCGCCGACGUAGGAGGUCUACAUCACGGAGGAAGUCUACAUCACCGCGCCCGCACAAUUCCGGAGAUCGGGACCGUCGUCGUGACGAUCGCGACCGGAGGCGUCAGGCAUCCGCUCCGGACGAAGACCGGUCCGCCCGACGUCGCGAAAGGUCACCGCGGGGGGGUUACGACCAACACGAUCGAAACGGAGAAGCUUCGGGCUCCCGGAGCCGCAGGCAGUAUGACAACCGACGACAAGACCGUACCCGAGGAGACGGUCGCGCGAACAACGACUCAGGCGACUCGGCUGCCGAUGAGGAAAGAGCGAGGAAGCUGGCGGCUAUGCAAGCGGCUGCCUCGGAUCUCGAUACCGACCGAGACCGCCGCCUAGCAGCGCUUGAGGCACAAGAGAAGGCAGCACGUGAGGCGGAUGACCAGGCCAGAGAGCGGUCGUCCAAGUAUGGCGGCGACAGGCAGUUUGUCAACGGGUUGCAUCGCAAAGCAGGGAACAUGGGUUUGGCCGAGAGGAUCGGCCGUGGCAGGCAGGGCUUCCAGAGAGACGACGAUUGA